CGGGCAGUAAACAAUACCAACUGGUGGGCAUAAAUGUGAAAGUGAAAGUAGUUUUUGAUGUAUAAAAUAUACAGACACAGACAUAACUGCACACAGAAGGAGAGAGAACACAGCAACACUGAAGGUCUGAGUCAGACUGAAACAUGGGUUCUUUACUGUCUAAAGCUGAAUUUGCCACCGUUUUGGCCGAUCAGAAGGUGAACUUUGGAGAUGAAAUCGUUCUUGUGUGUGAGGCAAAGACAGAAGACCUAACAGCAACCUGGCAGAAGAAUGGCCAGAAGCUGGACUGUGUUCAUGAUAAACACAUUGUGGAAAAAAGGGGGAAUCUGUUCAGUUUGAGAAUAAAGAAAGCUGACGAACAAGAUGAAGGGAUGUACACCAUAACCCUGAAGGACAAACAGAAAGAUGCCUCCUGCUCUGCCCAGGUCACUGUUGAACUCAAGGAAUGGAGGAAGGUGGAAUGGAAUCAAGACAUAAUGAUCAGAGAACUGAGGGACUUUAACAUUCGUAGAGAGGAAGUCGAACAGCUAAACUUCCUUCUGUAUGGACCAGUUGGAGCAGGGAAAUCCAGCGUCAUCAACACCAUCAAAACCAUUUUUGAAAGACGACUGUAUAUCAAUUGCCUGGCUGCUGAGGGUUCUACCAGUCAAACCAUAUACUAUAAAAAAUGUGAAGUUGGAAACUCAAAAGAUGGAUUCCUCCCUUUCAUCUUCAAUGACAUCAUGGGUGUAGAGGAAGGAGACCAGAGUGGGGUGCACACUGAUGACAUCAUCAGUGCAUUAAAGGGACACGUGAAAGAGGGUUACCCGUUCAACCCCAACAGCCCACUGACUGAACUCAACCACUAUUACCUCAAAAAUCCCAGCAUAAGUGACAGAAUCCACUGCCUGGUGUGCGUUAUCCAAGCAGACAAGAUUUCCAUGAUGGAUGAAGACACCAUCCAAAAAAUGCAGAGAGUACGAGAAGAAGCAAAGAAAAUAGCGCUCCCUCACGUGAUUUUGAUGACCAGAGUGGACACGACCUGUGAAAUGACAAAGAAGGAUCUGCGCAGUGUUUACAAAAGCAAGAGGAUCAACAAGAAAAUGGAAGAAUGCAGAGUUGCACUGGGUGUCCAGAAGUCUUGUAUCUUCCCUGUGAAGAACUAUUACGAGGAGAAAGACAUCAAGGAGGACAUAAACUGCCUGAUGCUGGACGCCUUAACCAAGAUUGUGCACUGGGCUGACGACUAUGUAGCCGAAUAUUCCAGCUAAGUCUUCUGAACACUGAAAUAUUAAUAUAUCACACUGAUAUAUUAAGAAUUGUGCUGUUCAUAAUUCAUUUCAGUGUUAAUUUAUCAUCAAUAACCCAUUUUUGUCUCUACAAAUUCACAUAUAUGCAACUUAUUUCUUUGUUUUCAUGCUAUGGAUAGUUUUUAUUUUUAUUUUUGAGGCUCUAACCAACAUUAGACACAGGUCCAGUUAAUAUGGUGCCACACAGAAGUUUACCGCAUUUUCCGCACUAUAAGACGCACUUAAAAUCCUUUAAUUUUCCUUUAAUUCUAUCAGUCAGGUAUUAAGGUAAAAGUACAAUGCUAAAGUACAGAGUUAUACAGGAGUUUCAGUUUAGUUCUUCAGCACUGAGGCUGGAGCAGUAUUAGCAUUAGCUGCUAACUGCUAUUUCCCCAUUCAGAGGUAUUACCAGCCUGUUGCCUGCUGCUAACCCCGGCUAGCACUGCUGGAGCAGCAUUAGCAUUACCCGCUAGUGGUUAGCUGCUAAUGCUAAUGCUCCAGCUUUAGUGGAAAUCUAAGCUUACUGUAAAUAAAUGGAAGUGCUUUACUCACCCAAAUAAACUGAUUUCAGGAGACAAAUCUGCAUUCUGCAAUGUUUUUUUUUUUUUAAAGAAUUACAGUUUUGUUUACUUAGCUUAGCUUAGCAUACCUGAAUUAGAAGGUAAACAUGGUGACACCCCUGUUCCUUACUAGUGUCGCAUAAUGCGCCUUAUAAUCCAGUGCACCUUAUAGUGCGAAAAAUAACGUAAUCUUUUUGUGUUGUGCGUGAAAGCUAUUUAGCUGUGCUGUCAGUAACUGCAUAAGGUUAAAUAAACUGUUGGAAUCCCUAACUCAACUAACUCAAAGUAGUUAUAGUAAUGUUAGGUAAUAUCCUAUUUUACAUAAAGCAGACUUAAUCUGUUUGAGUUUAAAGUAAAUUAAAAUUGUGGGAUUACAGUGUAACCAGUAAAAGCUGUUGAAAGAAUGAUUAUAUUCGAUUUUGCAGGGAUCUAUCUAUCUAUCUAUCUAUCUAUCUAUCUAUCUAUCUAUCUAUCUAUCUAUCUAUCAUAUUUUAUGCCAUUUCCAUGCUGAAAAAUAUAUAAUAAUAAUAAAUACAUUGAAUGUGUCACUUUGUGGCUCUUCUACUAUCUCUGUCAAUGUUCUGGACUACAAUACCCAAGAUUCCACUUACACACAUUACAGUCACAUGCCCUCAGUCAGCCAAUCUGAGACGCUCCUUCUCACCUGAAUACUGAUUUCCUACACCUGUGUUCACUUCCUGUU